AUGGUGGGUAAGGCCAAACAGGCUUCUCCAUCGGCGGCUUCGCGCCCACGCUCUUCUAGGAGUGCUCUGGCUGGCCAUUCUCGCCCUCGGGCGAAGCCUAAGGUGCCGACCAGGAACAGGACGGAAGCUGCUUCCCCCAAGGUGGCAGCCAAGAAGGCUUCGGCAAAGAAGGCCUCUGCAAAGUCUUCCUCCAAGCCUUCCGCUAAGCCUUCGUCCAGGCCUCGUAGACGACCGGCAGCUACUGCUCCUUGCUGCUCUUCAGACACUACUUCAUCGGACAGUUCCUCAUCGGACACCUCCAGCACAAGCACAGUGGCAACCAGCCCCAGUUUCAGCUUGGGGCGUGACAGUGACAGUAUGCAAGCCUUGGCGCCUCCCAUUGAACCACCUGACCCAAUGGAAGAUGUGGUUGUCGAGCAGUAUGGCUUUGCUACUGCCUUUGCCGAAGCCUUCGGCAGGGCUGUUGGUAGGCAGGUUCCGCCCUCUGUUGUCCACGACGAGGUGGAUAGCGAUGAGAUUACUGAGCUCUCCCUUGAUCCAGCAAAGCCCGUCACUGAGACUGUUCCGGGUAUCACGACAGCAUCUGCCUCUCAGUCAGCCUGGGAUACACCAGCUGCUGCGGCACCUGCCGCCUGCACACGCAAGACCAUGGCUGUGGCCAAAAUGUUGGUGCGAGCCAAGCUGCGAUGUCCCCAGUGUUACGGCUAUCUUCGAGGAUGCAAAACGGGCUGCACGGGCGUGGCUCCCUUUGACCAGGCCAUGGUGGCUGCCAUUUCCUUCAGGUGCGAUCCGCAUGCUCGCCAGUUCCGCUUUAGCACAAGUGCCGUCACAUCCCAUUGCCAGUCACGACGAGCAAUGAGCCCUGCCGGUCCCAAGUCCGGCACGAGUUCCCGACUGCACCUCAGCCCUUACUGGCUUGGGGUUCUUAUUUUCAUGACUCUUGCAUUAGGAACUCGAGGAGCGAGGGUUGCCGAGGCUGUCGCAACCUCGGCGGGAGCAGGCCAUCAGCUCCCAGCAGGUCCCACUACACCUGCGAAGCACAGCGACGUGCAGGUGCCACUGUCAGGACCCCGGAAAAGGGCCUUUCGCAGAGCCCAAAACCGGGCCACACGAGACGGUGCCACUUGGUACCGAGGACGUUGGUUCACCAAAAAGCAACUACAAGCAGCAGGCUCCUCACCAUCGCAUCCCAAAUCAGUCAGACCGCGCCCUGCUGCCAGGUCAUCGUUCCCUUGCAAGCUUCCGGCGUGGCCGCCAGCCGCAGAUGAUGCAGGAGCGACCUUUCGCAAAAGCCCACAACAACUGUGUGUCUUUAGUCUUAACAUCGGCAGUUUGACUGCCGAAGUAUACGACGAGUUCUGUCGCUGGCUUCAGCUUCCGAGCACCCUAGCCACAAUUGACGUGAUCUUCCUCCAGGAGACCUGGAGGGGCUCCAGCGAUUAUGUGAUACCUGGCUGGUGCUGGCUCACGUCAGGCCAGAAACCCCUGCCGGGGCAGGGGGUAGCGAUCUUAAUCAACCGCCGGCUGGUUGACCCAGCCCUCAUCAGGUAUAGAGAAGUACGCAUUGGAAGAAUUCUCCAUGUGCAGAUCCCCCUUUGCAACGAGCCUCAAGGCCGACUUCUUAACCUGAUUUGUGUUUACAUACCUGCAAAAAUUUCUGAAUCCAAACAGGUCUAUGAAAAACGGGCGGCGAUUUGGAAUGCCCUAGACGCUCUUGUGCAGGCCCUUCCCAGCAGACACUUCAUGUACCUUGCUGGUGAUUUCAACACCGAUUUGCUUCAGGAGCAUCCUUAUGUUGGAGUGACACACACCCACAAGGGCAAAGAACGUGCGGUUGCCCAAGAUCAGCACAUUUUUCAAAAUCUCCUUCGGACACAUGGCUUGCGAGCACUCAAUUCGUGGGACAAUCAAAGUACUUAUGUCGACCCACAUGGUCCUGCCUCUAGGGUGGACUUUGUCCUUGCGAGAACCAUGCAGGCCACGGGUUGUCCCGUCACCGCAUAUGCCUCUUUUUGUCGCUUCCGGGAUCGUACUCCAGCCAAGCUUGCCAUUGAUCAGGAUGCUUUGUGCCGGGCCUGUCGCCCCGGCCCUGAGCAUGAGAUACUUCGCCAGGCCUUUGCUGCCAAGCAACACCUUUUUACAGCUGAUUUGCUACCCUCCCAAGCGGAGGCUGAGCUUCGCAACAUCUGUGUCAAGGCUUUUCCUUUGCAGCGAAAUCGAACCAUUGCUCUGCAGUGGCAAAACCCGGAGGUUGGUCAGGAUUUGUCUCUCACUUGGCAACUGCGUCGCAGCCUCAAGCAGCAAGCCGCCUUUUGGCCGCGACGCGAACAUUGGCAAGCACAGCUUUCGGAGGCGGAGCAAGCAAGCAAAGCUGGCAACCCGCUGAAAUUCUUUCAAGUUGUGCAGAGGCUGGCACCCAAGCGAGCACAUGCACGAGUUCAGAUCCGUGAUCCCAAGGGUCAGAUCCUCACUCCAGCCUUGGAAGACAAAGCCCUUGCAGACUACUGGCAAGGUAUCUACUCCAGCACCAGUCUGCCUUAUCAGGCUGUUUGUCUUCGUGAGCCACUCCUUGUUACCCAGCAGGAGCUCCAUGAUGCUCUCCGAGGCCUCAAACAACGAAAAGCUGUAGCCAAAGAUUUGGCUCCGGCUGCUGUCUGGAAGGCCCUUGCCUCUCUUCUGUCUUGCUAUCUGAAUGCCGUGCUGAGCAAAAUCUGGCAGCCUGGUCCGCUUCACAUUCCAUCUGUUUGGGCAAGGUCGGAUCUACAUUUUCUCUUGAAGCCUCAAAAAGUCACGCGACGGCCGCAGGAUUUGCGCCCAAUUGCCCUCCAAUCGGCGGCGGCAAAGGCAGUCCUGACAGUCUUUAAGCAACGCUUGCAGCCCAGCUUCUUGGAGGCUAUGCGCACCCUCCCUCAGUAUGCCUACGUGAUGGGAAGGUCCACUCACGAGGCUAUCUCGCGGGUAGCGGCACAUUGCAAGGAAGUCCGUGACUUGCUCAGGUCUCAAAGCUUGACGGUUUUCGAUCGAUUUGAAGGUGCACGUUACACCCCGUGUAUUGGUGGGGCCCAACUUGGGCUCGAUCUGUCGAAAGCUUUCGACCUUUUGCCCCGAAGGACCUUGCAGCUCUUGCUGCAAGACACAGACCUUUCUCUUGAAGAACAGCAGGUUCUACUUGAAUGGCAUCAGGCCGGCAAGUAUAGGAUACAUAGCAAGGGCAACGAGCAUCCGGUCUUUGUUCGGCUUGAAUGUGGGGUUAGGCAGGGAUGCGUGUUGUCUCCUUUCUUGUGGGGGUUGUUCACAAAGCACAUUCAAAAACGCCUUGAUGAGGCCAACGGCCCAGGAUGGACUGCCCGGCGUGGCACUCUCUUUGCGGAUGAUAUGCAUUUUAAAUGGGUUUUCCGCACAGAGGCUGAAUUGCAUAGCAUCCGUCUUGAGGUUCUCAACAUCUUUCGCAUACUGCGUGAGCUUGGAAUGCAGGCCAACCCCGAUAAAAGUACCUUUAUCAUAGGUGCCAGAGGACAGCAAGCGCGAAAGUGGGUGAAACGCUGGGUCCGCAAGGACUCCGACGGUCGCAAGCAGUUCCAUUUUGGAGGUGCCAAACAAGAUAGAGUCCCAGUGGCCAGUCAGCUUACCUAUCUUGGAGUUGUUCUCUCUUAUCGGAAUUUUGAGUUGGCGACUGCUAACCAUAGGAUAGGGGUAGCCGCAGGCCAUCGUGAUCGGCUCCGCCGAAUUUUGCAUGCCAGACGUGUGCUCAGUGUGGGGCAUCGCCUCCGAUUGUGGCGCAUUAUGGUGCAGACGUCGCAGUUAUAUGCUGUUGAAGCUGUUGGCCUGACCGCUGAGACGGCCAAGCUCCUUCACAUCCAGACUAUGCGGCAUAUGCGAGCGAUUAUUGGCUCUGCCAGGCACGUGGAUGGGGAUUCGGAUCAGCUUUUCAUGCUUAAGCAUUGCAUUCCUGAUUGUGUAGAGCUGGUUAAGACAAAGUGUGACGCUUUUUGCCAACGAUUGGCACGAACUGAGCUUGAGAUCCCAUGCUUUGGUGCCGAGGGCAUUUUGCAAUGGGCACAGUUUGUGCGGGACUCACUGCCGCCACCCUACAUUGCCAAGCCUCGGUCUCAGCCGACUCCUGCAUCUUCAGCCUCUGUACCCACCCCCGUCCCUGAGGAUUCGGCACCCAGUGCUCAUCCCAAGCCUGUACCAUUGCCUCCGCUGUCCAGUGAGCGUGCUGUUGCUGGUGCAGUCGUUGCUUCUGCACCCUCUGCUCCUACAAUGGCCCCGUCCUCGGGACCACCAGCACCCUCUAAGCCCGAGAACGGCUUCUCUUGCGCGAUCUGUGAUCAGGUCUUCUCUAACCUACACGAUCUCAAGACACAUGAGGGCAAGGCCCACAAGAAGGUCCGGGAUAAAAUUGCCCAAGUUCAGCACACUGAGCAUGGCUACAACGGCUUUCCCAUAUGCAGGCACUGUGGUGACAAAUUCUCCAAAUGGAGUGCGCUUACAAGGCAUGUUACCAGGCAGGGCUGCCCUGCCCUUGAACGUGGUGAGCCGGAAGCAUAUGCAAAGUCGCAGGCUGAGGCUAUGGUGACGCCCCACGUGCAAAGGCCACACAUUAUGCAAGCCAUACGUGAAAAUGGCUGGGAAUCGCUCUUGACCAAUGCUGAUCUGUGUGUCGACCUCAAGCAACGGUGUGCCUUGUGCUAUCAAUGGGAUCCAGUGCUUCAAGAGAAGCAGCUGUGGGGGCAUCUUCUGCCCUCCCUGGAGGAGGCGGUUCAGGAUUGGCCAAUGAAUCACGACGACAGCAAAGGGGACAAGCCAUCGGAGACAAAGUCGAAGGACCUGAACAAGCGCCGUCGAACAAACGACAAUCCAAGCUUCAGUUCGGACAAGCAAGAUCGCAAGGGCAAAGGCAAGGGCAAGGCCAAAUCCUCGAAGGAUGCAAGCAAGAUGGAACUGAAGGAGGCGGUUCAGCUUAUGGCGGCCAUGACUCUGCAGCUAGUGGAUCAGGCGAGCAGGGUUCAGCUGGACACAAGCUUUCUACUUACCAUGAAGAACGAGCCGGGUCCGGAAAACUUGUUACCCAUCAUGUACAAGGUGUGGAAAGCCUGGAAAACCAUGCAAGAACAGGAGCCAAGCAAGCUGGACAAACCUCUUCGUUGCAGUAUGAUGAUCUCCAUGCUUCUGGAAAUCAAGGCCAGAGCCAAAAAGCUGCUGGACGACUCCGAGCAGCAGGAACGCAUGAAGGCUCUCGAGUGGAUCGACUCCGAGGGUCGAUGGGUCUAUCGCAAAUGGUCUCCAACUCAGGAGGCUCUGUACCUCGAUCAGUCCAGGAAGCCGAUUCCUCAAACAGUAUUCAUCGAGCAGCUGGAUCAGGCCAUGACUUUGCUUGUACGUCCGGAAAACAUGCCGAGAUUUCAGUCGAGGGAACUGGCCCCGGAGAUGAAGGGCUACGCGGUGACCUUUCAUGUGGACAUCGGGCUCCGCUCGGAAGCAGAGCCUCUGUGGCAGAUUUUCAACACAUGGGUGGACCUCCAGGCCUGGGUGUUGGGGGCGGUGAGAAUUCGGCCCCAUCGGCUGAAGCGACCGCCCGCGGCCGAUCGUCUAUCGGUCUGGCUUGGCAAUCACUGA